GGCUUCCCCGAGGCGCGAGCGCGGCUGCUGUAAGGAACCACUGGCCAGAAAGUAAUACUGAGCCCCACAUGGAAGACAUUGUCUUUUAUCAGAGUCCAGAGGACUUUUCAACAGUGGGUUCAAAAGAGGGUACUUCGGUUCAGACCUCCCAAAUGAGCCGCACUUCUUCGGAAGCUCCAGGAAACCUUACUCUCCUAACUGCUGAAGGGAGGAAGGAGUCUUCAAGUAGAACAGACUUCACUAUUUCCCCUGCUGGACACUCACCCGAGAGCGCAAGACUGCUGACUUCCCAGGACAGCACCUUAUCCUUAGAAAGGCUUCAUUUGCCAUCCAACAGUUCUGAGUCAGAAAAAAGAACUGCCUCUUCUCACACGGAGAAUGGAACAGCCCAGGGCUUCCUGGAGAGGGUGAAGGGCCUCCCAGAAGAAGUGACUGCGCACACCCAAGUGUCUGGCACCUCGGUUUUGAGCCAGUCCUCCCUUCCUGCUUUGGAGCCAGGAGAAGCAACCAUGCUGUCUGUGAAAAGAAAUUCCUCAGGACCACAGCUCUCAUUGUUUCAUUUCUCCAGGACACCAGCUUAUUCUUCUUCUUCAGACCAUUCUUCAUCUCCUGGAAGUGUAAAGGAGCUUCAAUCCAGUGUUUUCCAAAGCCCAUCAGUCAGCCAGACCAAGAGUAUGGAUGUUGCUACUACAUUCACUGAUGGUGCCCCAAGGGAGCACCAGUCUUUAACUGUCAGUCUGAGGCCUAUAAACAAGAUGGUGGGUUUUCCUGAGGACUCCAAAAUCUCCAUGACUUCUGCCACAGUCCACUCUUCACCGUCGGCUGUAGUACUACAAAGAAACAAGAGCGUAACCAAGAAUCCAGCAAAUGAAGAAUUAAUUGAGCAAUCCACAGAAAAUGAAUUUGAUCUUACGUCUUUACAUCAGCAAAAUGAUGCCCCAACCUUUGGAAGCCAUCAGCUUACUAGCACCUUAGAAGCAGGAAAUAAAAGUUCCAUGCCUCUCACUGAGACUGUGUCUAAGUCAGUCCCCUCCGUCAGAGGUGGAGAGAGCACAGCACACUGGCUCUUGACCAACAGCAAGACAUCUGCAGAUGUGACAGGAAGUUCUGCUUCAUAUGAUGAAGGUCUGACACAGUUCUCAGACUCUGCUCAACAGUCCGCAGGAGGUAACACAACACUGGAUGAGAACAGUUACUUGGAGUCUUUGUCUACAUCUUCCUCACAAAGGCUGGAGUCCGUAGCACAACGUGGGAAACAUUCAACCCAGGAACACAGCGCAGCGCCUGGCGUUUCUUCCACUGCUGAGGGGAGCACUUCCGGGGCGCACUCCCGCGGUGCGCACACUUUGGCCACGCUCACCGGAAGUGGGGAGCGCACGUUGCGCUCUCUCAGCUUCUCAGAUGCCGUGACGUCUGCGGAGUCAGGCGGGCCUGUGGCGGCGCCCAGGGAAACUGAGGGCACUGCUCAGCGCAGCAACAUGACAGACGACAUGGGCGUGUUUUCACGGUCAACGGCUGCCUUGCCUGCCCUUGGAGUCACUGGACUUAGUGGUCAAGUGAGUGGCACAGAUACUGAACAGAGGACUUCCAGUGACCUCAGAGACCACACCUAUGUUUCAUCUACUUUCACCAAAGGAGAGCGGGCAUUACUGUCCAUUACAGACAAUAUUUCAUCCCCAGACAUCAGUGAAACCUCAACUUCUUAUAUUAAGAUCCCAAACUCUUCCUAUUCAGAUUAUUCUUCCUCUUCUCAUGUUCAGAGUAAAAGAAGUAAUGUUUCAUCCUACAAUGGAAAAUAUGUUCAGCCUUCUACUGAGUCACUGGUUCUACGUACAUCCAGUGUUCCAUCCUACACAUCCACCAUGAAAAUACCAAACGUUUUUGUACCUCUGGGUGCCAAUACUGGAUCUGUUGGUGACUCAUCUUCUUCAAGGUCACCUUUGCCUCCACCCUCAGUGUCACAAUCCCUCCAGUUCUCAUCAAGUUUACCACUAACCGGGACCUCCACACAUCAGCUCAAGUCUACCUCUGAGGCGUCCACAACUUUGUCUUCCCUACCAUCAUUUUUAUCAGUAUCCUUGAUGGCAUCUACUCCACUUUCAGUCUCACAAACAACCUUACCACAGUCGUCUUCUACUCCAGUCCUAUCCAGGACAAGGGAGACACCUGUGACAUCAGUUCAGACAUUGACAAUGGCAUCAUCCACAGUAAUGAGCCACAGUAGUCAAACAGCAGAUCCUAACAACCAGAGCACUCCACAACAAGAGGAAGUAGUUACAGAAUCAAAGUCACCAGGGCUGGUGUCUCUGCCCACAGAGUCCACCAAAGCUAUAACAAAGAGCUCUCCUUCAGAGGUCCCUUUGCCCUCAGCCUUAACAGAAUCUUCCACUGAGCCAGCCCUUACAGCCAUGAGCACCAGCUUAAUCUACAUGUCUCCAACACUGACAACCACCAAUCUGAUGACCUCUCACCCUUCUAUGAUCAGUCCCAGUACCCUGUCAAGCACAAAACCUCUGAUCACUGGCCCUGGAGCUGUACUCACUACAUCUGGAAAACAGCUCUUGCCAACCCAUCCUGAAAUUCUGGUGCCACAGAUCUCAACAGAACAUGGUAUUACCACAGAAAGGAACCAAGUACAUAUAGAUGCUACAACCCAAUCGAUCCCUCUAACCAGCGCAUCCACAUCAGCAAAAGAAUUGAGCACAAGGCUUGGCGUUACAGAACAGUACAGCCUUGCUUCACCUUUCUUCAGAACAUCACCUUUCCCCAAAACCACAGUUUCUACUGCUGAAGCAUUGACUCCUAAAUCUACCACCCUCACUGCCCAGAGUGGCACACAGUCACCAAUGGCAUUGUCACCAGUCGACAGCUGUGCCAUGAACCCGUGUCUUCAUGAUGGUAAAUGUAUUGUGGACCUCACCAGUCGUGGCUAUCGAUGUGUAUGCCCCCCUUCAUGGCAAGGAGACAACUGCAGUGUGGAUGUGAAUGAAUGCCUCUUAAAUCGCUGCCCACGUCAGGCCAUAUGCAACAAUACUCAGGGAUCUUUUACCUGUAGAUGCCCUGUUGGGUACCAUUUGGAAAAAGGAAUAUGCAAUUUGGUUAGAACCUUCGUGACAGAUUUUAAAUUGAAGAAACAGUUUCUUAAUACUACCCUGGAAAAAUAUUCAGAUGUACAAAAAGUUGAAAAUGAAAUCACCAAAACGUUAAAUAUGUGUUUUUCAACAUUACCUGGUUAUAUCCGAUCCACGGCUCACGUAUCUAGGGAGUCCAGUGCAUUUGUGACUUCCCUGCAAACCACCUUUUCCCUGGCCUCCAGUGUGACACUGUUUGACCUGAACGAUGGGAUUCAGAAAUUUGUCAACUCCUGCAGGUCCUCUGCUGAGGUCUGCCAACUCUUGGGAUCCCAGGCCCGGGUCUUUAGAGCGGGCAGCUUGUGCAAGCGGAAGAGUCCACAGUGUGACAAAGAGACCUCCAUCUGUACCGACCUGGAUGGAGUUGCACUGUGCCAGUGCAAAUCGGGCUACUUUCAGUUCAACAAGAUGGAUCACUCCUGCCGAGCUUGUGAAGAUGGCUAUAGACUUGAAAAUGAAACCUGUAUGAGUUGCCCAUUCGGCCUUGGUGGCCUCAACUGUGGAAAUCCCUAUCAGCUUAUCACUGUGGUCAUUGCGGCAGCAGGAGGUGGGCUUCUCCUUAUCCUGGGCAUUGCGCUGAUUGUCACCUGUUGCAGGAAGAAUAAAAAUGACAUAAGCAAGCUCAUCUUUAAAAGUGGAGAUUUCCAAAUGUCCCCGUAUGCUGAAUACCCCAAGAACCCUCGCUCCCAAGAGUGGGGCCGAGAAGCUAUUGAAAUGCAUGAGAAUGGAAGCACCAAAAACCUCCUACAGAUGACAGAUGUGUAUUAUUCGCCCACAAAUGUAAGGAAUCCUGAACUUGAACGAAAUGGACUGUACCCAGCCUACACUGGAUUGCCUGGCUCCCGGCAUUCUUGCAUUUUCCCCGGACAGUAUAACCCAUCUUUCAUCAGCGAUGAGAGCAGGAGAAGAGACUACUUCUGAGUGGGCGAGAGAGGCUGCCGCUCUGAGCCAGGUCGUCGGCACCUCUGCAGCUCAGAGGACUAUGCCAGCACAAGCACCGGGCACUGGCUGCUCCCGGGCCCAGUGAGAGCCCACUCAAAUGGCAAGAGAAAGACAAGCGUGAGGUCCAUGACCGCAGCAGAAGGGACCAGAGGAUGUGGACAUGGAGGCUGCUCUUUUGGCACCUUUGUUGUUACUGUGAACGUGGACAUGGGCCAGUACCGAGUGAGUCUCUCUGAGUGACUGCGACGCGGCACUGGCACCAGGGACGGCUGUCGGCCACAGCGGACCACUAGGUGUCAUUGCAAGGACCCACGGUUCCCUUAGUUUGCACUUUAGUCAACUGGGCAUGCAGGUUUCCUUUUGGAUCUGUCUCAGAACUGUCCCCGAGAGACACCGAGACACUUCCCCAGGCUGCAGUGGGUGAUUAACGUGCGGCCGGAUGCUGGCUUUUGGUUUUCUGCCCAGCACCUAGUGCUGAACAACAGUUGGGGAUGGACGUACCACUACGUUCCGAAGAUGCUGCAGUCGCGCAUACAAUAUUUUAAUGCUUCUAGGUUGCCUUAUGCUGCAGUCUCCAAGCCAACCCCCAAAAUGAGGAAUUGACAUUUUGAGGCACAACACCCAACUCCCCUUUGUUUUUUAAGUCAAGGUGACACAUUUAUUUAUAAUGGUUUUUUCCUUGUACAGUUAAAUCUCACUUUUUUGAGCAAAUGGAUCAGGGCAAAACAACUUACUUACAUUUGGUAUUCGAGGCACCCAGCUGCCCCAGAGUGAGGCCGGACAGGCAGAAUUAGGAGCUGGACCGACAGUGGUGGGACACUUGUUGUCUGCGAGGGCAGCGCCGGGAGCCUAGACUUUGACCAGUGUCAUGGAAGCUGGAGGUUGUGAUGGAAAGAGGAAAGCUGCAUCAGCCUGGGCCCGAGUGGGUGUUUCAGCGCUAGAGGAAAAGCCUGCUGUGGUCACGCAGGUGGAUGAGGUUGGAGCAGUGGGUCAGAUCAGCACGUUAGAUUGUUUGCAUCACCAGCGUUGUGGGAAACCACAGGGAAUUCCUGAGGGAGAAUAGGAGCUAAGAUGAAGCCAUAGGGAAGUGUGCUUACUGGCUAAUCUUUGCGUCCAGAAUCUUAUCCGCAAACUCAAUGUAAACUUUCAACCAAAGUUAUUUAUUCAAUGAAGAAAUAGCUCACUUUCUCUUACCCGGUCCUUGAUAGCUAUUUGAGACUGUCCACUGCCCCCCAGGAACACAGCUAGACUUCAGGUCUGCGGUGGAGGAGUAACGGCUGGCUAGCCAGGGGUCCGAGCACUUGUGCGUGGGAAGGAAAUGCUGACACUGUACUUAAUGUGCCCGUGCUGUGGGUCCUGCGAGGGAGGCUUGUCCAGCGCUCCACGUCUCUUACUUACUCCCUGUGGAAAUAUGUUCAUUUAUCUCCUUGUGGAACAUCCUGGUGUGGGAUGAAGUGAAGAGAACACAGAAGUAAAAGAAUUGCCCCCACCCUGGAGCUGGGAGCUCAGUGAUACACAUUUCUGGAAAUGCUUAGCUGCUGGGGACAGUUCUGCCCCAGGCAUGGUGUUUUCUUCACAGCGCUCUAUGAUCUCUUCAAAACAUGCAGUCCUCACCCUAACAGUGUUAUAUGGACUCCUGGGUCCCACAGCCUCCACGUCUCGCUGUCACCUGCUAUGGCAGAGGCUCUAGUCAGGUGCAGUGCAUUCAGUAGUUAGACUGCACUCAUCUCCUAAGCACACAAGGCUUCCUAUUACUGUCAGUGGAUGUUAAAAUCUCAAAGCAUUGCCAUUUGGAAGCCUUGGGUCUGGCCUCUCUCUCCGUGGAACCAAAUGGCCCUUUGCACCUCGCUGCCUUGCAUCUACCUGGAGAGCUCUGAGCUCCACACUCAGCUCACCCGAGCCAGCAGACUUGCGUCGCUUGUGAGACAGCCUGCAUCCCCCAGCCAUGGGAAGAGCCACCAUAGCAGCUCCCGGGCCACACUUCUGCCUUUGGUGGACACCGAAGCUGGCAAAUCAUCUCCUGUGUCAGGGCCGGAAGCCUUAAACCCCACAAUAUGAACGUCCUGUCUCAAAAGCUUGCUUGGAAAAAUCCUAAUGUCCAAAAAAGAAUGUCCUGUGAGUUCCAGAAAUGUGUGUUCAUGGGUUUUGUCCAAAUGGAGUAGAUUAAGAAUAGUGUUUCUUUUUCACUGUGAAAAAAGGAUGCCAAGCAAGGUGGAGUUCACUGGAGCUACACUUUCUAGGAGGGGGUCGGGUGGGGAAGCAUCCUGAGGUUUGAAGAAGGCACGAGAGGGGCGUGACUUACCUGUUGCUCACGACCUGUCCCAGGUGAGGAAGGGAGGGGCUGAGCUCACUCCGAUGUGGGGUUUUAUCCCCAGAAGAGCCUGCCCGGGUCAGAGGAAACAGCUGCCAGGCGUCAGCAGCCCGCAGACAGGCAAACAGGACAUCCACCUGCCACAUUGGAACACAGCUGUGGCCCACGUGCUGUGGCCCUCUCCACGCCUGGAAUGUGCGAUUCGUGUGCACAGAAAUGCCAGCAUCCUGCACUGAAACCCCACAGGUGGGCAGAGGUGACAGCACCCCGCAAGCUGCUUCUGUAGGGAAGAGCCGGCCCAGGUGGAACUUGUGUGUCUGGAGAACGCUGCUGCGUGAGACCUGGGCAGGGAGGAGUUGGCUCCUGGCUUCCUGGUUUCGGUCCUGGGCUUUAAGCUCCAGGUGACCUUAUUUCCAUUAUCUUUUCCUGUUUACUCCAUGAGCCAGCCCAGGGUGCUAGGAUCUGUUUCUUUGGAAAGAUGUUCCUACUAUGGCCAGGCUCCAUGCAAAGGCCUGGCCUCAUAACACCCAUGCUAGUUAGCUGUGCGUGCUCGUUUCUCAGACAUAAAGACCUCCGAAGUGGAUGCAUAAUUGGCCUAGUAAAGGCAGGAUUCAAAUUACGGUGUGCAGGUCUCACCCUGUCACUCCUACUCGCUCUCCCUGCCUCACUUCCUGGCAGGUACCUCGCCGCACAGUACCCUUUAAAUCUCACAGAGGGCAAGAGAGAAUAGACUUACAACUUAAAUCAUUUUUAAAGAAUUUUAAUAUAUUAAGCAGUAACCAAACUAAUGACAUGAAGGACACAACAUACAAAACAUACCCUUUUGAAAAUGCCCGAAACUUGGUUUUUACUCAUGUUUCCCGGAAGCUUGUGGCCACCCUGAGGAAAUGGUGGCUGGCUCAUGCUUGGCAAGAAGCGUGUUGUAUGUGGCUUGGGCUGGAGGAAGUGCAGGGUGCUCACCUGGGUGGGUUCCAACAAGCACGGCGAGAAUCACACACCUAUUUGAGGGCUGCCUGCCUCAUUCACAUGGUGAGGCUGUGGGUCCCGCACAUGGGAACGUAUCUUUGUGGACCAUUAUCAGAUCUGGGAGCAGCAUCAGUGAAAUGUCUUCAUGGCUGAUCUCCCCUCUUUGCGGGGAAAGUUAUUUUCAAAAGAAGCUUGUUGAAUGGAUGGUGCCAUCAAGCUGGCUGUUAGUAUCUGAGGUUAAAAAUUAAAGGUGGCUUGAAUUAUGGAAGAGGUAACUCAAGUGGGCCCAUGGGAGAGGGUGCAUCUUUGAGAUGGGUGCUGGAUACUACCCAAGGAUGUGUCCUUGAAGGACGGCAUCUAUUCAGAUGUGAGAGUUCCAGAGCAAGCACGUUAUUGUCAUCUCUCGUGAUACGGCUUUUGGCGCCUCUGAGUCGCCUUGCCCACUGGUGGAGGGCCCAGGUAGCCUGGAACUGCGAACUUUGCCUGGGAAAACAGUGCUGCAGUGUGGAGUCACCCUUGGCUUUUCCUAGUAUACUCGAAACUAGGGUUUUGAUUCACAGUUCUAAAAUAUAUUUGGAUUUUUAAAUUAGAGCACUUCUUUGGAAAGAGGAAGAGUACAGAGUUCAGUAUUUUAUAUUUUAUUUAAAACUGCACUUAAUAUAAGUGAUACUUUUCCUAUCUGGAAGCUUUUGUGGCAGUAGGAGUGGACAACAGUGUUCUAAGCAUUCUUACGUACAUUUUAGAAACAGAAAUAUGGUUUUGUACAGUUUGCUUUUGGGUAUUUUUUUUUUUCUUUUCCAAAUCCCCAAAGAAGAAAACUGGUUAAAAUAGCAGGCACAUUAAAGUAUUAAAUCCAAUUAAUUUGUUAAUCUAAAGUAUCUCAGUAGCAUUUUACUCCUCUUAUCUGAUGUAAACUUUAGCUCACAGAAAAGCCCAUGAAACCAAAGGGGACCCUGUAGGUCUAAAAAGAGACAGAUCCUAGGCUGGAUCUACCCAUGAGCAUUUUCAAAGAAGAUAUUUCAAAGGAGUCCCUUGUUAGAUUCUAGGGUUAUAAUUUUUUUAUGGUGUGUUUAAUGUACGUUAGUGCAGACUCCUUCGGUGGGAGGGAUGGGACAAGGCAGAGUUGUGAUGGAAUCCGUGUGUCUGGGAAUCUGAUCCAACACACUUACCUUUCUGUAGUACCUAAGCCUGUUCCAAAGAAAGUGAUAGUAUCAUCAUGAGUUUUGCUGUGAGUCUUGUUAAUGUCUGCAUCGUUGGAUGUGUGGUUAAAUGUAACAUGUAGUUGGAAUGUGAACUUUCUGAAUUUUCACAUUGUCCUGAAUUUCUGUUUGUAAACCAUAGCCCCGGUUGAUUGUGUUAAAUCCACUAUGAGAAUGUUAUUUAAGGUUGUAUUAUAAUUCCAGCCUCCACUAAUUAUUCAAUACUGUAGCAGCAAAGUAUUAUUUGUAAGAAUUUGGUUAUUUUUGUACUUAUAUUCACUCUAAAUCUGGCGUUCUAGUCAGUAAAAUGAUGCAAUAAAAUUAGUAUCAUUUUC